AUGAAUGCAAAACCAAGAACUUCUUUCCUUACUCUUCCUACUGAAAUACUUUUACAAAUAUUUUCAUAUCUUGGUUCAGCUCAUCUUAAACAACUUUCCCUUACACAUCUACCAAAAUAUGGCCAGUACUUUAGAAACUUGACAGUUCACGGCCGAGUUUCUCAGGAAUUUAUAGAUAGGCUUGCCGUGUUAUUAAAAAUAUUAGAUGCACGUUGUGAUUGUCUGGAGAAUUUUAGCAUUUUAGUACCAGAACAAACUCCUGGUGUGUUGGAAUUGAAUCCACCAUGUUUAAGUCAAGGACUUAGCAAUAAACAUUUAAGAGCCUUAAAUUUGUUUAUACAUGCAGUGAUUCAAUCUGUAUAUUCGUUAAAUCAUUAUGUAGAAAAAUAUGGAUCACAAAUCACACGAGCGCACAUGUCUUUUGAGGGUUUAUCGGAUGUAUGGGUAGCGCAGCUUUUGAUUAAUUGUCCGUGUUUGCAAGAACUGGUUUUGGAGAGAAAAUAUAUUGAUGACAAUAUAGAAAUAUCCGAUUCUACAUUGGAUAGUAUAGCUUCACUCUCCAAUACAUUAAAAUCGUUAUCUUUUACUACUGCGUGUGAUUCUCCGCUCACAGAAUGGUUCACUUAUGCUGGAUGGAGAAGGAUGCUCGGUGGAACUUCUAAAUUGGAAAAAUUGGAUAUUUCCGGAUUGCAUUUAAAAUUCAUUGCUGCUUUGCUUCCUAUGAUAGCUGAUUUUUAUAAAGAUCAUCCUCUUUGGCUCAAACAUACGGGCCCAUUAAAUAAUAUAGAUUUACGAUCUCGAUACAGGAAUGAACUAGAACUUAUGAACUUAAUAGCCGUUUGUAAAAACAAUUUACUUGGACUUGAAUCAUCAUACAUUAGUGACGCAGUAAUAAAAUGCUUGACUCUUUAUUCACCCGGGAUAAUUAGAUUAUGUAUGACCGGUGAUCUUCUUAAUAGAAGAAAAAGUACUUUAAAUAACAUUGAGAAAAAGCUUUUGAAUUUAGAAACCUUUCAAACUUGGAAGUUGUCCGUUAAAAACUGGCCAAUUGGAUUGUGUAUUCGAUUUGGUAAACCAACAACAUCAUCAAGAAAUAUUAUUAAGAAAUACCAAUAA